CUUUUUUUAACUUGCCCAAAGAAUGGAACAGCGCCAGCUAGAUUGUCCUGCUGUUUGCCGUUUUGGGAUUGCCCUCGGUUCCGGCACUGGAUGAGUCAGCUCAUUCACCCGCGGUCCGCGUCCGGUCACCUGAUCGGAGUUGAAUUAUGCACGUGAUCACAUCAGAGCCUGCGGUCCGUUGAGCAGCUCCGGAGCUACGGUCGUCAUCACGACCCAGGCCUCUUGUUAUCAACACUACCCUUUUUGAUCAACCUAACUUCAGUCCAAUCACAUCACAAUGGAAUCCCUCAACGCCUCUGAGCAGCGUGAGCUCGCCUCUCGCAUGGAGAGACGCCAGAUGAAGGAAUUCAUGACCAUGUACUCCAAGCUCGUCCAGCGCUGCUUCGAUGACUGUGUCAACGACUUCACCACCAAGUCCCUUAUCAACCGCGAAGAGGGCUGUGUCCUGCGUUGUGUCGACAAGUUCAUGAAGGGAUCGGCUCGCCUGAACGAGCGGUUCCAGGAACAGAACCAGGCCAUGAUGAUGCAGGGACAACAGCGGUAAAUGGGAAUUUAGCAUGGGGUUCGGUUGCUUUGCUUUGCCUUGACUUUGGCGGUUUCUGUAUAAAAUAUUAGAAUUUUUGCAAUGAUGACAUCCCCUAAUGGCCGGCGAUGGGCUCCGCUCGCUCUUGAGGAGCAAGUUUGGUUGCCGAGAUCACAGUAUGGAGGUAUACUGUUGCUGCCGUGAUUGUAAUAUAUGG